CGGCGAGACUGAUUUUGACGCGCGCGCCCGAAUCAUCGAGGGCCGAGUGCUGCAAGGCGACAAUAGCCGGCAUCCCCGCCUCCAGCCACCCCCGGUCCGAAGUGUGUUCGGCCAGCGCGCUUUUUCCUUCAGGGUUGUGAAGCCCUGGAAUGACCUGCCACCGACCCUCAAAGACUGCCCAACCAGCAAUUUUCCCUCCCUUUGCAAGCAGCAUUUGUGGCAGCAAUUUUAAAGUCAAGAAAGUGUCGUGAUUGUUCUUUUUUUACGAUAGUGUGGGUUCACGCGGUGGCCGAUCUCUUUUUGAUGUCGGGCGUUUUAGCAGACCUCUGCUAGUUGUGAUACCCUUUCUGCUCAUUUUUUCCAAAUCAAUUUUUUUUCAUGUAUGACUAGAGUAGAAUAAACAACAACAUAUAAAUUUCGAUAAAGUAAAACAUGUUUAAUCUGGGGUUAAAUAAUUUUUUUUACAUGGAUAAAUUAAAGGUGAUUAGCAAAAUAGAGGUUUUACUCUAUUCCAAAUUCACUACCACUAGUCAAGCAUAAGAGGUCAAUGAAAAGGCUGCGAUAUGGACUGGUUGGUGAAAUUAAGCAUAUUUCUAUGGAUGCUACAAUGCACCGGUGCACAAGUAUUAUUAGGAGGAAAAAUCAAAUGUGGUCACCACGUUCACCAUAACUCGGCGGAGCGCCUUCCGAAGAGUCGCAAGAUGGACUGGCUGUUGAAAUUGGGAAUUUUUCUAUUAAUACUGCAAUCCCCUGGUGCACAAGCGCAAGGGCAUAAUGAAAAACCAAGCAACGCCGAGUGGAUUCAACACCGCGAACCGGCAAUGAAGACGAAAUUAGUGGAGUGGCUUGUGACAGGGUGCUGGUCAGGUGAUGGUUCCGCCUGCCCAUCCGACGCGCCAGAACCUCAGCACGCGGAAUACCCUGGAUAUGAUGGGUGGUACAACAACUUGGCUCACCCUGAACUCGGCGCAGCCGACACUGCGCUGCUGCGGCGAACGCCUGCCUACUACGAGGACAGCGUCUACAAGCCCGUCGAAGGGAGGCCCAACCCUUUCACACUGAGCGACAAGUUGCUCAAAGGGCCCAUAGGCACAAAAUCGCGCACCGGAAAAACUGCUCUCUUGGUUUUCUUUGGGCAACAAAUGGUUGAGGAAAUUUUGGACGCUCAAAGACCGGCAUGUCCUCCUGAGUACUUCAACAUCCCAAUUCCGGAGGGUCACGAGUACCGCAACAUAAACCCAAAGCACACAGAGAUGCCUCUGUUGAGAACCAGAUACGACAUGCGGACAGGAUUUUCACCAAACAACCCCCGCCAACAAUUGAACGAAAUCACCCCGUACAUUGACGGAGGCCUAACUUAUGGGACGACCAAGGCCUGGGCUGACCAGCUGCGCGUCAGGGAGGACGGCACCCUGGAACCAGGUGGACUUUUGGCCUCGGCGAAAAACCAGUACCUCUACCCAGCGUACAACACCCAACGCCUGCCUCUGGCCAACCCUCCACCCCCUGCCAACCACUCAAAAUGGAUCGUGCAGCACGAAACGGCCAACGUCAAUAGAUUUUUCAAGCUCGGAAACCCGCGAGGAAACGAAAACCCUUUUCUGCUGACUUUCGGGGUGGUCUGGUUCCGAUGGCACAACGCGUUGGCCAAAAUGCUCAAGCAAAGACAUCAUGAAUGGAGCGACGAGAAGAUUUUCAACGAGGCGCGAAAGUGGCUGAUCGCAACGCACCAGAGGAUUGUCAUUUACGAGUGGCUUCCCGCGUGGCUUAGCUCGCAAUUGCCCGAAUAUAAAGGAUACAACCCCGCCAUCGAUCCGCAAAUCGACCAGUUUUUCCAAACGUCUGCCAUGCGCUUUGGCCACACGUUGGUGGUCCCUGGCGUUUACCAGCGCGACUACGCAGCGAAAAAUUGCGCCUUAUUGCCAGGGCCAAACGUUGUACGCACGUGCAAUUUCUUCUGGAGACCCCAAGAACCUAUGCAAAGAAACAUCCCAGACCACGAUAUACGCGCUGAAAGUGACAUCGAUCGCCUUUUGAUGGGAAUGGCGUAUCAACUCUCUGAAGCUGAGGAUCACACCAUUGUAGAAGACCUCAGAGGCCGAGUGUUUGGUCCGCUAGAGUUUUCCAGGAGAGAUUUAAUGGCUGUUAAUAUUCAGAGAGGGCGGGAACACGGAAUUCCUGACUUCAACACAGCCAGGGAGGCUUACGGUCUUCGAAGAUAUACGAGUGAAAAUGAUUUUACGCAUGCCGCCAAUCAAUCGAUAAAGGAGGAACUCAAAAGAUUGUACAGCGAAGGCCAGAGUGAUCCGAACGCGUGGCUCAACAGAAUUGACGUGUGGGUCGGUGGAAUUAUGGAAACGGGCGAUUCGCCUGGAGAACUUUUCACAGCGGUCAUCAAAGAUCAGUUCACCAGGAUCAGGGACGGAGAUCGCUUCUGGUUCGAGAACAAGCGGAACAAACUUUUUACUGACGCCGAAAUCGCCAGGAUCCAUCAAAUCAGAUUUCGCGAUGUAGUCAUGAGCGUUACGCACAUGUUGAACGAAGACAUGCAGGAAAACCCAUUCUUGGCGCCAACACCAGAAGAAAUUCCCGAAUCCUGUCGAGACAAUCCGGAAUUGCACGAAAGUGACUGCAGUGGGACUGCAACUGGAAAAUGCAGGCAUUUGCACCCUCUGGACGAGUCGAGGGUGGAAGCGUGCACUCGCCCUGACACCUACGAUUACUUUUCCAACAGCGAGCUUUCUUUUAUUCUUACUUUUAGCGGAUUGGCCACCAUCAUUGUAGCUAUGAUAGGCACCCUUUUCUUAAUGGUGAUGCUGUUGAAAAGGAAAACUGCAGUAAAACCCAAGCCAACGAAUUUUCCGUCUAAUUUUAAAAAUCUCAGUCAUCAAAAGUUCUUUGCAGUUGAGGAGUGGGUUAGUUGGAAGGAGGGCUAUCACCAGCGCGUAAUUAUUUUCAACAAGGAACUGAAACAACUGGAGGUCUGUUGCCCCAUUGGCGGCACCCUUUUGCAUAAAAUCUCAUUCAAUCCCAGCACCAAAUUGACGUUAUAUAAAAUAACUGACAACUUGCACUUCCUGGUUCGCGCUCAGAAUUUGUACGAUCUGUGUAUUCGAUUCCCGUCAUUGUUCAAUUGCUUGGAGUUCAUUGGCACUUUGAAUGAAUUCGCGGAGAGUACUGGAUGUAAAACAGAGACUAGAAUGGAACUGAAUCUGAAAACGAUGAAAAAAGAGGCAAUCACCAAAAUAAGAAGGCAAAAAAAGCUGGAGGAAUUCUUUAAAAACAUUUUGCAUCAAUUGGAGUCCAAAUCCAAAGGUCAUGGAUUGUUUUCUGGUUCACGAGUGCAGAGUAGUGCAACAGAUGCGAUCAACAUGGAACUCACUCAGCCAGAAUUUGCCGACUACUUUAACAUGAGGUCAAACUCUGAAUUUAUAACAAAGAUGUUUGGUCUGAUUGACAAAGACAACAAUGGAUUUAUUUCGUUCCGAGAAUUUUUUGAUCUAUUCGUCAUAUUUAAGAAAGGUACCGCGGAGGAAAAAAGUGAGCUGCUUUUUGACAUGUAUGACAUCGAUGGAAACGGACUGCUGACAAAGGCAGAGUUUUUGAAUAUGAUAAGAUCUUUGCUGGAAAUUGCCCAAGCAGAUGUUGAGGAAAACUUGGAGACCGCGGUAGAAACUUUAAUGAAAGCGUCUGGAUUGGAGCAUAAGGAAAAUUAUGACAAGAAAGACUUCCAGCAGUUCAUGAGUAAUCAGAGGCAAACAAUGAAUUCUCUUAGCGUUGACAUAAACACGGGUGGCGAAAUGUCCAAAUCUGACAAUAACAGAGGCCGAAGAGAAUCAAUCAUGAGUAUUUAUGGUGACCCUCGCAUUUUGAUGCAAGAAAUCGCCCAACAAAAAGAGGCGGACUCGAAAAACACCGACAAGCAAGUCAUCCAGGACGAGCACGCGAUUCCCCACACGAGUUCCGAAGAACCCAACGAAACAGACUCGUGGAUAAAACGAAAUUUCAUCUCCAUAAAAAGGUCGGCCGAAAACUACCGGAUGCACAUUUUCUGGUGCACGCUCUACACUUUGGUGCUGCUCAGCAUUUUCGCUGAACGAGCCUAUUAUUAUUCUGUUGAACGAGAGCACGCGGGGUUGCGUCGCAUCGCGGGAUACGGAGUUACGAUAACUCGCGGUGCCGCUUCUGCGAUGAUGUUCACCUACUCGACUUUGCUGAUCACAAUGUGCCGAAACACAAUUACCUAUCUGCGCGAAACUUUUCUCAGCCGCUACAUUCCCCUCGACUCUGCUGUCGAAAUGCACAAAUACAUCGCCAUAUGGGCCCUCAUAUUCACAAUUUUCCACUGCAUUGGCCACGGAAUCAAUUUCUACCACAUUUCAACACAAACCUCUGAUGAUUUGACAUGUUUGUUUAGGAACUUUUUCCACGCGACCCACGAAAUCCCCAAGUUCCAUUACUGGUGCUGGCAAACGCUGACUGGAGUCACAGGAAUUUUGCUUGUGAUCGUUGGCGCUUUGAUUUAUAUUUUCGCAAUCCCGUACUCGCGCAGACAUUUGCACAAUUGGUUUUGGAACACGCACAAUUUGUAUCCGAUUUUCUACGCCCUCAUUGUUCUCCACGGAUCUGCCAGAUUGGUUCAAGAACCUUAUUUCCAUUAUUUCUUCUUGGGCCCCUGCGUUUUGUUUACAUUGGACAAUUUGGUCACCAUGAGUCGAAAGAAGGUCAAAAUUCCUUUGGUUGGAGCGCAAAUUCUUCCAUCAGACGUAACGAUGUUGAAAAUUUUGAAACCCUCAAACUUCAACUACAAAUCAGGCCAGUGGGUGCGAAUCGCGUGCCCUGAACUCAACUCGUCUGAGUACCACCCAUUCACCCUUUCGUCAGCUCCGAAUGAGGAACACUUGUCACUUCACAUCAGAGCUGUUGGCCCCUGGACUUGGAAUAUUCGGCGUCUUAUUGAAAGCAGACAUUCUGACGGCACUAAAACGCUUCCAAAGAUUUACUUGGAUGGACCGUACGGCGAAAGUCACCAAGAUUGGAACACUUAUGACGUUUCCAUUUUGGUCGGCGGCGGAAUCGGCGUCACCCCAUUUGCAUCUAUUCUCAAGGACAUCGUUUUUAACGCUAAUAUCAAGGCUAAAGCGUCCCAACACAAGUGCAAAAAAGUUUACUUUUUCUGGGUGACAAAAACUCAAAAGCACUUUGAGUGGUUGGUCGACAUCAUCCGUGAGUUGGAAAGCGUCGAUUCGCAACUGGUCGUGUCCGUUCACAUUUUUGUCACUCAAUUUUUUGAAAAGUUUGAUAUGCGCACUAUGCUCUUGUACAUCUGCGAGAGGCACUUUCAAAGAGCAAGUGGUCGGUCUUUGUUUACUGGACUGAAGGCGCGAACUCACUUUGGACGACCAAAUUUCAAGAAAAUGUUCCUUGCGCUCUCUGAAUAUCAUUCUGAUGUAAAGAAGAUUGGGGUUUUCAGCUGCGGACCGCCAGCUUUGACCCACAGCGUUAACGAAGGAGCCUCCGAUGCCAACAAGCAUGCUUCAUGCGGAUCGGUUUUUGAACAUCAUUCAGAGAAUUUCUAAACGAGAAUGAUGAAUGUUUGUGCCAGUACUUAUGCUGCAUUUUCAGUUUAUGAUUUUUUACAUUUGUGUGAGUUUCCGUCUUUGUUGAUUUAACUUUUAUCCAGUAAUAAUAUUUUUUAAUACAUCAUAAUUGAUAUAUUAUGUUAUUAUUUAGUGCUUAAAAAGUUGUUCCCGUUUAUAGGAUUAUAACCAUACUGUUUAGACACCGUUUAAGUUUUGUAUUGUUUCCGUUCAACAACAAUUUAAAUUUGUUACCACAGCUUAGACUACAUUAACAAGAAGUAAUCACAUACACUAAAAUACUACAACUUGUGUUUAAUUUGCAGUAAUUACUAAAAAGAAGAAAAAAGUUUUAGUUAAAUUUGGAAACUUGGGAAAAUCUUUAAUCAACGUGGGAUGAUUUUUAUAAAUAAUUAAAUUUCAUAAGAA